UAAUUUAUUUCAUGUAUUAAUAUUUUAUAUUGCAUGGAACGUGGCAAAAUCUCCUGCAUCCAAUAUGAAAUACGCUCUUUUGAUAGCUGUUGCCUCGAUGGUAGUUUGUGCUGCUUUGGCUAGAUCUCAAAGCGAAUGUGAGAAGCGCCGAGAGGAAGCUCUAAAGCAUGAAACUAUUAUGAAGCUUAUUCCUAAGUGCAAAGAAAAUGGUGACUACGAGGAACUGCAGUGCUACAAGGACAGCACUUUCUGCGUCUGCUAUACUAAAGAUGGACGUCCUGCCAGCCCUAACUUGUCCAAUCUUAAAGAAUGUGGAUGCUUCUUGGAAAAGCAGCGCAAGAUUGACAGCAACCACGAAAACCCUUACCUUCCUCAGUGCCAGGAUGACGGUAGUUGGAAUCCUAAGCAAUGCUACGACUACAACAACAGUUGCUGGUGCGUUGAUAAAAACGGCAAGCAAGUUGGAGACAUCAAGCACGAAGGAAAGGGUCUUGAUUGCUAAGAAUAUUGAUUUUGUCCAAUUCUCCGUUCAAUAAAUGUGAUUCGUUUCA